AGCAAAUUGGCGUUCAUGCGGCCUCCUGAAUCCAAGGCGCCGCGUAGCACGGUCGGGGCGGCCGCUGAUGCCAUCAUGUCCGGUUCAGAUUGUCUCUCAGUCCACCAACUUGAAGUCCGCUCAGCACACGCCUUGUCUGGUGAAAUGGCAAAGUGAACCCACAUACUACGGCGCGGCAACUCUCUUUUGUUUGCUUUCAACAUCAUCAUGGGCGACACAUACACGCGCCUGCGCCGCUCCAACAGCGAGCCAGAUGAUGCGCGUCUGUCCUUUGCUAAAGCCGAGGAGCGCAACCUCAGCCAGCACAAUCGCAAUCACCAUCACAACCAUGGUCACCACGACGAAGUAGACCAUGAACGGAAAGGAUUGCAACUCGAUGACAAUGUGCCCCCCCAACAUCGCUUUUUUAAGACGACCAAGGCGCUCCAUUCGGCCAUCUCAUUCGCCGCCGGCACGGCCAUGCUGCUGUUCGGGUACGAGCAGGGUGUCUUCGGCGGCAUCAUUGUUGCGGCUGAGUUUCAGGAGUAUUUCAACCACCCCUCGCCUGCAGUUGAGGGGUUCGUGGUGUCUGUCUACGAUUUGGGAUGUUUCUUUGGUGCCAUCUUGACGCUGGCUGUGGGCGAGAAGCUGGGUCGUCGGCGCAUGUUGAUGUUGUUCACCGUCAUUAUGGGCAUUGGCAUCAUCGUCCAGACCGUGUCGGUGAACAUGAACCAAAUGAUUUGGGGUCGCCUCAUAGCUGGGAUUGGCAAUGGCGGGAACACGGCAACGGCUCCCGUGUGGCAUGUGGAGACCAGCCAUGCCAGUGCCAAGGGCACGGCAGUGGUCAAGGAGAUGGCCGUCAACGUGUUAGGCUUCGUGAUUAGCAAUUUCGUCACAUUGGCGUUCAGCGGCAUGAUGACGGAGACGCAAUGGCGCUUCCCACUAGGCAUCCAGCUUGUCUUUGUCGUUAUUAUCCUUACCAUGGUCCCCAUGCUCCCUGAGUCCCCACGCUGGCUCCUCGCCCGCAAGCGCGACGCCGAAGCUAAGCAUGUCCUCGCUAUUCUCAGUGAACAUGACGUUGCCCAUGAGUUCGAGGAAAUCCGCGCCUCCGUCAAAGCCGAGCAAGCCGUUCGCGCAUCCUGGGCCCAAAUUUUCCGCGGCGGUCUGGCCACGCGCCGCAUGCUUCUAGGCAUGAUGUUGCAGACUGCCCAGCAGCUCUCGGGCAUCAACGUCCUAGCGUACUACCUGCCAGUCGUGCUACACCGCAGCGUUGGCCUCUCCGAACCUACUGCUCGUCUUGUCGCCGCCGCGAACGCCAUCUCGUUCUUCCUGACCACCACGGCGUCCAUUGCGUGGAUUGAGCGCAUCGGCCGCCGGCCUCUUCUCAUGUUCGGGGCGGGGGUUAUGUCUGUGGCAUUCUUGGGUGUCUCGAUAGGCGUGGGUACCGGCCUCGUGAACCCCGACUCACACACGCCUGGCAUCAUUGCAACUGCCUUCAUCUGGCUCUACUUCACCAUUUUCUCCUCCGGCUGGAUCAGCGUGCCGUGGCUCUACCCGGCCGAAGUCAGCUCGCUGAGCAUGCGGACCAAAGGCGCCGCUCUGGCUACGGCCUGCGACUGGCUGUUCAACUACGUGGUCGUGCAGACGACGCCGCCAGGCAUUGAACAUCUGAAAUGGGGACUUUACCUCGUCUACGCCGUUCUGAACGCGUUGUUCGUACCCCUGGUUUAUUACUUCGUGGUCGAGACGAAAGGACGCAGCUUGGAGGAUACAGACAGGUGGUUCGAGAAUAAUAGGCGUUGGUUGGUGCACAAGGCGGACCACUCGGCGGGAAGCAACGGGGUGAAGAUGAGCGAUUUCGUGCCUCUUGGCGCGUCUAGUGAUGAUGAGGCCAUGAUGGGGGCGUUUGAGAUGGGGUCCGAUGAGGAUGAUGAGAGCAUCGAUCUCAACAGUCCCACAACGCCGAGAUUCCGGUCUGGACUGUCUUGACGACUCAAAGGGGAUAAAAUCGUGGGCCACAAGGUGUUUUAUGAGGCGUGUACAUCAUUUCUAGGUUAGCAGGCUUUUGGUAGAGCGGGGUGGCUUUAGAUAAUAGACGGCUUUAUAUCUACAUCGCAACUAUGAAGACUGCUAGUUGGAGAUUGGAGCAAUACUUAUUGGUAUCUCUUUGUUGG